CUGCAGCUCAGGCUGCUCUGCAGCUUGGCGGAGAGGGGAGGAGGAGCGGAGCGAGAAGUAGGCUGCGAGCUAAGCACAGGCUCCUGCGCCAGCUCCGGGGCUGAGUUUGGGAGAUGUCUGAGAAGUGAAUUUUUUUUUUCCCGCCGAAGGCAAAUGGCUGGCGUGGAAGCACAACCCGCUUUCACUCUUCGGAUUUGUGCUUAGCUCUUUUCUUGCACCUUGAGACUCGUGACCAACAUGCUGUGAUGUGUGCCGAGGGAGGAAUUGGUCAGCUACACAGCCUGGAUCUCACCACAGUUUGGACAUGGCUGAGGCUCUCCAAUGGGCCAGAUAUCACUGGCGACGGCUGAUUGGAGGUGCAACCAGGGAUGAAGAUUCGAGGCCAUAUAACUAUUCCUCGUUGCUUGGCUGUGGGCGCAAGUCCUCGCAGACCCCUAAACUGGCAGGAAGGCACCGGAUUGUUGUUCCCUACCUCCAACCCUUCAAGGAUGAGUAUGAGAAGUUCUCUGGAGCCUAUGUGAACAAUCGAAUACGAACAACAAAGUACACGCUUCUGAAUUUUGUGCCAAGAAAUUUAUUUGAACAAUUUCACAGAGCUGCCAAUUUAUAUUUCCUGUUCCUAGUUGUCCUGAACUGGGUACCUUUGGUAGAAGCCUUCCAAAAGGAAAUCACCAUGUUGCCUCUGGUGGUGGUCCUUACAGUUAUUGCAAUUAAAGAUGGCCUGGAAGAUUAUCGGAAAUACAAAAUUGAUAAACAGAUCAAUAAUUUAAUAACUAAAGUUUAUAGUAGGAAAGAGAAAAAAUACAUUGACCGAUGCUGGAAAGACGUUACUGUUGGGGACUUUAUUCGCCUCUCCUGUAAUGAGGUCAUCCCUGCAGACAUGGUACUACUCUUUUCCACUGAUCCAGAUGGAAUCUGUCACAUUGAGACUUCUGGUCUUGAUGGAGAGAGCAAUUUAAAACAGAGGCAGGUGGUUCGGGGAUAUGCAGAACAAGACUCUGAAGUUGAUCCGGAGAAGUUUUCCACUAGGAUAGAAUGUGAAAACCCAAACAAUGACCUCAGCAGAUUCCGAGGCUUCCUAGAACAUUCCAACAAAGAACGCGUGGGUCUCAGUAAAGAAAAUUUGUUGCUUAGAGGAUGCACCAUUAGAAACACAGAGGCUGUUGUGGGCAUUGUGGUUUAUGCAGGCCAUGAAACCAAAGCAAUGCUGAACAACAGUGGGCCGCGGUACAAGCGCAGCAAAUUAGAAAGAAGAGCAAACACAGAUGUCCUCUGGUGUGUCAUGCUUCUGGUCAUAAUGUGCUUAACUGGCUCAGUGGGUCAUGGAAUCUGGUUGAGCAGGUAUGAAAAGAUGCAUUUUUUCAAUAACCCCGAACCCGAUAGACGUAUCAUAUCACCACUGUUGGCAGGAUUCUAUAUGUUUUGGACCAUGAUCAUUUUGUUACAGGUCUUGAUUCCCAUUUCUCUCUACGUUUCCAUCGAAAUUGUGAAGCUUGGACAAAUAUAUUUCAUUCAAAGUGAUGUGGAUUUCUACAAUGAGAAAACGGAUUCUACUGUUCAAUGCCGAGCCCUGAACAUCGCCGAGGAUCUGGGACAGAUUCAGUACCUCUUUUCUGAUAAGACAGGAACCCUCACUGAGAAUAAGAUGGUUUUUCGAAGAUGUAGUGUGGCAGGAUUUGAUUAUUGCCAUGAAGAAAAUGCCAAGAGGUUGGAGUCCUAUCAGGAAGCUGUCUCUGAAGAUGAAGAUUUUACAGACACACUCAGUGGUUCCCUCAGCAAUAUGGCAAAACCGAGAGCCCCCAGCUGCAGGAUAGUUCGUAAUGGGCUUUUGGGAAAUAAGCCCUCAAAUCGUCUUGCUGGGAGCUCUUUUACUCUAGGAAGUAGAGAAGGAGCCAGUGAAGUGCCUCAUUCCAGACAGGCUGCUUUCAGUAGCCCCAUUGAAACAGAUGUAGUACCAGACACCAGGCUUUCAGACAAAUUUAGCCAGAUUACACCUCGGCUCUUUAUGCCACUAGAUGAAACCAUCCAAAAUCCACUACUGGAAACUUUGUACAUCAUCGACUUCUUCAUUGCAUUGGCAAUUUGCAACACAGUAGUGGUUUCUGCUCCUAACCAACCCCGACAAAAGAUCAGGCACCCUUCAUUGGGGGGGUUGCCCAUUAAGUCUUUGGAAGAGAUUAAAAGUCUUUUCCAGAGAUUGUCUGUCCGAAGAUCAAGUUCGCCAUCGCUUAACAGUGGGAAAGAGCCAUCUUCUGGAGUUCCAAACGCCUUUGUGAGCAGACUCCCUCUCUUUAGUCGAAUGAAACCGGCUUCACCUGUGGAGGAAGAGAUCUCCCAGGUGUGCGAGAGCCCCCAGUGCUCCAGUAGCUCAGCUUGCUGCACAGAAACAGAGAAACAACACAGUGAUGCAGGCCUCCUGAAUGGCAAGGCAGAGUCCCUCCCUGGACAGCCAAUGGCCUGCAACCUGUGUUAUGAGGCUGAGAGCCCAGACGAAGCGGCCUUAGUGUAUGCUGCCAGGGCUUACCAAUGCACUUUACAGUCUCGGACACCAGAGCAGGUCAUGGUGGACUUUGGUGCUUUGGGACCAUUAACAUUUCAACUCCUACACAUCCUGCCCUUUGACUCAGUAAGAAAAAGAAUGUCUGUUGUGGUCCGGCACCCCCUUUCCAAUCAAGUUGUGGUGUAUACAAAGGGCGCUGAUUCUGUGAUCAUGGAGUUACUGUCAGUGGCUUCCCCAGAUGGAGCAAGUCCGGAAAAACAGCAGAUGAUAAUAAGGGAGAAAACCCAGAAGCACUUGGAUGACUAUGCCAAACAAGGCCUUCGUACUUUAUGUAUAGCAAAGAAGGUCAUGAGUGACACUGAAUAUGCAGAGUGGCUGAGGAAUCAUUUUUUAGCUGAAACCAGCAUUGACAACAGGGAAGAAUUACUACUUGAAUCUGCCAUGAGGUUGGAGAACAAACUUACAUUACUUGGUGCUACUGGCAUUGAAGACCGUCUGCAGGAGGGAGUCCCUGAAUCUAUAGAAGCUCUUCACAAAGCGGGUAUCAAAAUUUGGAUGCUGACAGGGGACAAGCAGGAGACAGCUGUCAACAUAGCUUAUGCAUGCAAACUACUAGAGCCAGAUGACAAGCUUUUUAUCCUCAAUACCCAAAGUAAAGAUGCCUGUGGGAUGCUGAUGAGCACAAUUUUGAAAGAACUUCAGAAGAAAACUCAAGCCCUGCCAGAGCAAGUGUCAUUAAGUGUAGAUUUACAUCAGCCUCCUGUCCCCCAGGACUCCGGGUUACGAGCUGGACUCAUUAUCACUGGGAAGACCCUGGAGUUUGCUCUGCAUGAAAGUCUACAAAAGCAGUUCCUGGAACUGACAUCUUGGUGUCAAGCUGUGGUCUGCUGCCGAGCCACACCGCUGCAGAAAAGUGAAGUGGUGAAAUUGGUCCGCAGUCAUCUCCAGGUGAUGACCCUCGCCAUUGGUGAUGGUGCCAAUGAUGUUAGCAUGAUACAAGUGGCAGACAUUGGAAUAGGGGUCUCGGGUCAAGAAGGCAUGCAGGCUGUGAUGGCCAGUGACUUUGCCGUUUCUCAGUUCAAACAUCUCAGCAAGCUCCUUCUUGUCCACGGACACUGGUGUUAUACACGGCUUUCCAACAUGAUUCUCUAUUUUUUCUAUAAGAAUGUGGCCUAUGUGAACCUCCUUUUCUGGUACCAGUUCUUUUGUGGAUUUUCUGGAACAUCUAUGACUGAUUACUGGGUUUUGAUCUUCUUCAACCUCCUCUUCACAUCUGCCCCUCCUGUCAUUUACGGUGUUUUGGAGAAAGAUGUGUCUGCAGAGACCCUCAUGCAACUGCCUGAACUUUACAAAAGUGGUCAGAAAUCAGAGGCAUACUUACCCCAUACCUUCUGGAUCACCUUAUUGGAUGCUUUUUAUCAAAGCCUGGUCUGCUUCUUUGUGCCUUAUUUUACCUACCAGGGCUCAGAUAUUGACAUCUUUGCGUUUGGAAACCCCCUGAACACAGCUGCUCUGUUCAUCAUUCUCCUCCAUCUGGUCAUUGAAAGCAAGAGUUUGACUUGGAUUCACAUGCUGGUCAUCACUGGUAGCAUCUUGUCUUAUUUUUUAUUUGCUAUAGUUUUUGGAGCCAUGUGUGUAACUUGCAACCCACCAUCCAACCCCUACUGGAUUAUGCAGGAGCACAUGCUGGAUCCAGUAUUCUAUUUAGUUUGUAUCCUCACAACGUGCAUUGCUCUUCUGCCCAGUGGUCAGCCCCUUGUCUGGGUCCAUUUCGUGCUGCCACAGUGGAAUAUCACAGGUAACUUAUAAACAGAAAUUUAUUGGUUCACAGUUUUGGAGGCUGAAAAGUCUAACGUCAAGCCACCAGAAGAUUUGAUGAUUCCAAUUCCAAGAUGGCACCUUGAACACUACACCUUCAGAUGGUGGAAGGGCAAAGAGGCAAAAGGGGAUCGAACUCGCCCUUUUAUAAUGGCAUUAAUCUCACUCAUGGGGUCUCUGCCUUAUCACCUCUUAAGGUCCUAUCUCUUAAUAUUGUAAAAACAGCUGCUAAAUUUCAACAAGUCAUGUUGUUCCAAAACUCAUUUGAAGGGAAUUCCAACGAUAGCAGCCCUCAUCUGCAUGACUGAAGAUGACUCCUCAGCUGAUCCCCAACCCUGCUUGCCCCUGUAUACAGGAAUGGGAAAGUAGAGGGCAAGCAACUUUGUUUUUGUAUUUUUGUUUGUUUGUUUUUCUUGUAGUGGCAUGAACCUACAUAUGUACAUUGUAACUGAGUGGCUAAAAUCUCGGAGUUUCUAAAAGGAAGAAAGGGAGAAUAGGUAUUGAGGGACAAGUAGCAGUCUCUACUACAAUCCGUAAACACUGAACACUUUUCAACUUUCCUCCUUUAUCUGAGUUCAGUUAUUCCCCCAGUUCUAGUUUAAUCUGAUUUAUAAUAUUGUAUGGGAUGGAAAUGACUAAGAAGAAUACAUGGGUUUUUAAUAUAUGGAUAGAUUCUUGGAACACGGAACUCAUUGUCUCUGCAGUUUCACAAAAUCUGUUUAGCUGAAAAGAUUACAACAAAUAGUUGUUCUCCUUUUUUAAACAUAAUUGAGAGUCAUAGUGGUGAGUUCAUGUUAUUCUAUAACAGCGUCAACAAACUGUGACAAACAGCCCAAAUUUGGCCUACUGUCUGAUUUUGUAAAUAAAGCCAUACUCAUUUACAUAUGAUCUAUGGCUGCUUUUGCAAUACAACAGCAGAACUGAAUAGUUCCAAUAAAGUUUGUCUGGCUUGCAAUGCCUAAAAUAUUACUAUCCAACCCUUUACAGAAAAAGUUUGCCCGCUCUAAUCUGUAACUGUAUCAUACAGCACAACGGACACAAUCUUUUGUUGCUGACCAAUGUCUCUUCUAGAAAUGCAUAAGAAAACCCGUCUGAGUUACUCAAUGGUACUUAUAUAUAACAAUAUCACUGUGAAACUAAGAUACUUCUAUAAUGCUCACUGCUAUUGCCAGCUUCCAGAUUAAAAACUGACAAGACAAACAUAGAAUUUCUGAAAAAGCAAUUAAGGUUUUGGCUUUAAAAAUUCUGGGCCUUUAACAGUAUAGAUCUAGUAUUUUUGUGGUAUACUAAAAAAAUGACUCCCUAAAAGAUUUCCAUGUCCUAAUCUCUGUAACGUGUAAAUUUUAUCUUAUGUGGCAAGAAAAGAACUUUGCAUAAGUGAUUACAUUAUGGAUCUUGAGACAAAGAGAUUACUCUGAAUUAUCCAGGUGGAUCCUAAAUGUAACCACAAGUGUCCUUAUAAGAAAAGAGGCAGAGGGAGAUUUGACACAGAAGAGGAGAAGGCACUAUGCCUAUGGGAUCAUGGAUUCCUUAGCCACAAGCCAAGAAAUGUCAUAAGCCACCAGAAGCUGGAAGGGGCAAGGAAUAGAUGCUCUUCUAGAGGGUCCAGAGGGAGCACACCCUUUCCAAUACCUUGAUUUUGGCCCAGUGAAGUUAAUUUCAUAUUUUUUGCCUUGAAAACAUUGAGAGAAUAAUUUUUGUAAUUCUAAGCUACCAAGUUUGUAAUAAUGUGGUAUAGCAGUCAUAGGAAACUCAUACAGAUUUGGGUACCCAGAAUCGGUUUCUGCUAUAACAAAUGCAGAAAACUAUGGAAGUGGCUUUGAAAUUGGGUAAUGGGCAGAGGCAGGGAGAAUUUUGAGGCACAUAUAGAAAAAUCCUCUUAGACUUCCUUACCCAGGCCCUUGGUAGAAAUAUGCACAUUAAAGUUGUAAUCAGUGAUCUUGAUAGCUACAUUUACUUAUUAGUUCCAAUAUUUUAUUUUAGAUUUUCUACAUAUAUAGUAAUGCCAUUAGCAAAUAAUGACCAUUGUGUUUCUUUCUUUCCAACAUGUAAGCACUUGAUUUUUCUUAUUGACCUGGCUGGGGAAACUUGUCUUGUUUCUGAUCCCAGAAGGAAAGGUUUCCAUAUUUUCCUAUUAAUUAUUAUUAUAUAGAAUUAUUAUAUAGAAUGUUAUGACUAUACCAUUAACCAGAUUAAAGAAGUUCCAUUCUAUUCCUUAU